CCAGAGAUAACACCGGGAAUUUCUUAUAAGCACCCUAUUUGUACCCCGUGACGGCCACACACCACACAGCACCAGCCGCCACCCCAACGCACGCAAAGGCCGAGGAGGACAAAGGUAGGAGGAGCGAGUGAGCAGCCAUGGCUUCGUCGGUGGCCGCCGCGGCGAGCACGUUCCUCGGGACCCGGCUGGCGGACCCGGCGCCGCAGAACGGGCGCAUCGUGGCGCGGUUCGGCUUCGGCAAGAAGAAGGCCCCGCCGAAGAAGGCCAAGGCGCCCCCGACCACCGACCGGCCGCUGUGGUUCCCCGGCGCGCAGGCGCCCGAGUACCUCGACGGCACGCUCGUCGGCGACUACGGCUUCGACCCCUUCGGCCUCGGGAAGCCCGCGGAGUACCUGCAGUACGACGUGGACUCCCUGGACCAGAACCUUGCACAGAACCUGGCGGGUGAGAUCAUCGGCACCCGGUUCGAGGACGCCGACGUCAAGUCCACCCCGUUCCAGCCCUACGCGGAGGUGUUCGGCCUCCAGAGGUUCCGCGAGUGCGAGCUCAUCCACGGCCGCUGGGCCAUGCUCGCCACCCUCGGCGCCCUCACCGUCGAGUGGCUCACUGGCGUCACCUGGCAGGACGCCGGCAAGGUGGAGCUGGUGGACGGGUCGUCGUACCUGGGUCAGCCGCUGCCGUUCACGAUCACCACGCUCAUCUGGAUCGAGGUGCUGGUGAUCGGGUACAUCGAGUUCCAGCGCAACGCGGAGCUGGACCCGGAGAGGAGGCUCUACCCCGGAGGCUCCUACUUCGACCCGCUGGGACUCGCGGCGGACCCGGAGAAGAAGGAGACUCUGCAGCUGGCGGAGAUCAAGCACGCCCGCCUCGCCAUGGUCGCCUUCCUCGGCUUCGCCGUGCAGGCCGCCGCCACCGGCAAGGGUCCGCUCAACAACUGGGCCACCCACCUCAGCGACCCGCUGCACACCACCAUCUUCGACACCUUCGGCUCCUCUUAAGUGGUCGGUGGUCGAGCAGUUUCUGUCAGCUCAGCUGCAAAAUGGACGAACGCGCGUCCGUGUAACGAACGUGCUUUGGUUUUGUAUGACGAGUGAUGGAUGAGAGGGUAUCGCAAAGAUCCUUUGUUGAUUAUAAUGCUGGUCCGAUCACAUAGGAGAGCUGCUGGGACUUGGUGAUUUGUAAAAUAUGAACCAAUGGUGACUCAAUGCAUCCACUUGUACAUCAA